AUGCCCGUUGCCACUCGUGCCGUCCUGCGGCAAUCGCAGUUCCUGGCUCGUCGUACAUUCACCAGAAACGCCUCUUCCACCUCCGAGGCUGCCUCCAAGGCCGGUCAAUCCGCCUCUAACGCCGCUUCCAAGGCCCAGGAUGGUCUCUCCAAGGCCACUGCUGCCGCUGGUCCUGCCCUCUCCAAUGCUGCCACGGCCCUGCGCAAGGUUGGCGGCCCCGUCGGCAAGGUUGUCAAGUUCGUUGACUCCAUGAUCCCUCCCACCAUCUACUACUCUCGUGUGGGUCUUGAGCUCGGCAAGCUUGUUUUCCGUGGACAGAAGAUGUCCCCUCCCAACAUGGCCACCUUCCAGUCCUACUUCGAGCCUUUGAUGAACGUCAUGCGUAACCCUGCCGCUAUCAAGAACCUCCAGAUGCCUUCCCCCAGGAUUGCUCUCUUCGGUGUCACCGCUGCCGAGAUUAUUGGUUUCUUCACCGUCGGUGAGAUGAUUGGUCGCAUGAACAUUGUCGGUUACCGCGGCGAGGUUGCCCACCACUAG